AUGAUGGUUAACGAUAGUUUAGAAUAUUAUCAAAAUAAAGAAUCCAUUAUCUCCAAAAAUAAAAAAUCAUACAAAUGUAAAAAUCCAUCAUUUACGCGAGAAUAUUUUGAAAAAACAGUCAAUAGUACAGGUGAAGAAGUACGGAUUUGCAAGGUCCAGGAUGAAAAUAGAAAGAAAUGCAAUCAAGAAUAUAAGAAUGUUGGAAGCUCAACAGGAAAUCUUAUUGCGCACCUCAGAGAUGUACAUGGAAUCGUUUUACAAGAUGAUAUAGAAGUACUUCUUAAAUGGAUGAUACUUACAAAUCAAUCUUUAUCUACUAUUACAAAUAAUACUUAUAGAGAAAAAAUGUCUGAAUUUGACCCUGCAUUUGUUGUUCCGAGUAAAAAAAAAAUCAGAACUAUGAUUGUUAAAAGCUAUAAGUAUAAUCGAGAAAAUUUGCAAAAUCUUGUUAAUAUUGCAGAAAGUGUUUCUCUUACUAUGGAUUUCUGGUCUAGUAAAGCAAAGCACGAGUAUUUGGGGAUUACUGCGACUUGGGUUACAUCAGAUUUUGAAAUAAAAGAUAAUCUUAAAAAUCAUAUAAUCUUGGUUACCACUGAUAGUGGAGCCAAUAUGGUAUCAACUUUUUCUUUAUUGAACCAAAAGGAUGGGUGUUGUAUUCAAGAUGUACCUACACAUUGGAACUCAAUAUAUUAUGCUUGGGAUCGGCUUUAUUUUAUAAAAGAUGCUAUUACCCAACUUCAAACUGAUUUAUACAUAUCAAUUGAUCAAGAAAUCAAAAAAGAUGGUAGUAAAUUAAAAAGAAUUCUUCUUUCUGAUGAAGAUUGGGUAAUUCCAAAGGUUAAAGAAAUAAUUUUUGACUUAGCAAGCGAGACACCACCAAGUAAUGAUCUGUUUUUUGAUGAAGAUACUAUAUUUGAAUUAGAAGAUGCGGAAAUACAGCAUAUUGAUUAUGACGAUGAUGAAAUUGUUAGCAAUAUUACAAAACGAAGAAUUUCAAUUAAAAAUCCAUUAAAUAUGACAGGCAUUUUGGAAAAGAUUAAAAAGAAUAUCUAUGAUGCGAUGAUUUAUUACUGGAAUGUUCUAAAUGAAGUUAGUUUAAUGAUGGCUUUAUUAGAUCCUCGAUAUAAAAGUUUGGAUUUUUUAGAGAAUAAUACUGAAAAGCAACAAGUUAUUCAAAAACUUCCAUUAGAAACUGAAAAUCCUUUAUCUUGGUGGAAAGUUAAUAGUUCUAAAUUUACUAAACUUUUUAAAAUUGCUCAAAAAUAUCUUGGAAUACCAGCAACUUCAGUAUCUUGUGAAAGGUUAUUUUCACAUGCUAGUAACCUUAUUAGUGCAAAAAGAACUAGCCUUGAUCCAGCUUUAGUGGGUCAGAUGUUAUUUCUAAAAAGAAAUAUUAAUACAAUAAGUAUUUUUGCACCAGAAUAG